AGCAAUAUAGUAGUACCCUUGUUUGCAAUUUCAGUGACAUACAAUUUUCCGAAGACUUCCAUUAACCUUAUAAUAACAACAUCAUCUCAAUUCACCAAUAACUCGCUUCAUCACAUAAUCUUCUAUACUUCAAAAUUUAUCUUUCAAUUCAAGCACCAUGUCACAACUUAAACUAUUUAGCGGUGGAGCUGAGCAUGCAUCAUUUGUGACAAGCUAUGAAAUCCUUAAAAAAACAUGGAAUGUUAUCUCAUCUAGUUAUCAAGACAUAGUUACAAAUGAUGAUGAUGAUGAUGGUGUUGGAUUGUGUUGGAAAGUUUACAAAGAACAAAGUUCUGAUUUGACUAUUAUAGCCUUUGAAGCUACCAAAGAUUAUUCUAAUCUUCAAAGUGAUUUGGUUUCAUCUUCUGAUCUUAAAGAGAAUAAGAAUUUUCAUCAGUUUGAGUUUUUGUGCACUAAGAAGAACCCUUCUUUCUCUCUUAAUAACACUGCUGUUUCACUCUUUUGUGAUAAUCUUCAGAAGCUUGAUCAGUUGAAAUCUAAGAUUUCGACUCCAUUGAUUGUUACUGGAAAAGGUCUUGGAGGAUCAAUAGCUUCACUCUUCACAAUAUCACUAUUAGAUAACCAUAUUUCAAGUUGGAAUUUUCGGAAUCGUCCACUAUGCAUCACAUUUGGUUCACCUCUUGUUGGUGACAAGAAAUUGCAACAAGCCAUAUCACGUGGUUCUUAUUGGAAUUCUUGCUUUAUUCAUGUUGUUUCUUGCAAUGAUCCACUUCCUAGGCUAUUCACCACAAACUACAUGCCUUUCGGAACAUUUCUCUUUUGUUCUGAUUCAGGUUCUACUUGUUUUGAGAAUCCUGAUUCUAAUUUGGAAAUUCUCAUUACAUUAAACAAAGUUCAUGGUCAAAAUCAAGGAUUUGAUUCAGCUGAGUAUGGAAACUUAGUUGAAAAACUCAGACGUAAAACGAUUUUCAAGGAUUCUUCUACGCCGACCAUAGACAAGAACAAUUCGGAUUCACUUGCAAUUGGUAUCAGUUUGCAGUUGCAGCAAACACUAGGGUUGACACCACACAUGCUGCAAAAGCAGAACAUUGAUAUCAAUGUUCUUGAAACAAUGAUAAAAACACUAGAAGCAAGAUUCAUCAUUCAAAAGAAGAUAUCAUUUAAUCCAUCAAAUAAACAGAAUGAAAUGAAGGGAUGUAUAGCACAAGUUGAAUGGUACAAAAAGAAAACAACAAAUCUUGACAUAGGGUACUAUGACAGUUACAAAAACAUGUACGAAAUAUCUGAUUAUGAUGUUGUUGAGUUUCAUAAAAAGCUCACAAGUUAUUGGGAGAAGAUGGUUGAAGACGUUGAAAUGAAGCCUAAAAAAGAAGGUGCCUUUUUUCCUACUUGUUGGCUAUAUGGUGGAAUUAUUUAUAGAAGAAUGGUUGAACCAUUAGCUAUUGCUCAAUACUACAAAGAAGGUGGUAAAGAUUAUGUGAAUAAAAAAAGGUCCAAACACUUCAAAAAAUUGGAGGAACAGUCAAGAAAUGCCAUAAAUGAAUUAAAUAUUACAAGGAAGACGAAUAUGAAAAUGAUUUUGACUAGAGAUUCUUGCUUUUGGGCACAUGUUGAAGAGGCUAUACUUGCAUGCAACGAGUUGAAGGUUGUGAAAGACAAAGAAGAGGUAUUGAAGAAAUUGGUUGAAUUUGAGGACUAUGUUUAUUGUUUGCUUAAGGAUUAUCAAGUUUCAUCUGAAAUUUUCUUGAGUCAAAGUAGCUAUAUGAGUUGGUGGAAAGAUUAUAAAGCUAUUAAGGGACGUUCAUACACUUCAAAACUUGAUAACUUCAUGAAUGAUGCUGAAAAGGUUAAGCUGUAUGGUUUGGGAGCUUAUGAAUUUCCUUGAAGUAUAUUUAGCUGCAUAAUAAAAGUGAGUCUUAUAUGUUGCAAUACAUCAGGAUUUCAUCACAUUCUUAUGCUCUUAUGAACCUUAUUGAUAAAUAAUGGAACCUUUUUUCUUUAAGUA